AUGAAAAACUCCAUUGUGAGAGCGGCCGGGCUACAGAUCCGGAAUCAGCGCAUUCGGGAUGCUGUUUUGAACGGAGUGCCCAAGACGGGGCCUCCCACGCUACGAAGCCGCUGGGCGCGGUCUCGUUACGUCUCGCCUGAGGGGAUUAAUGAGGCGUUCUCGCUUGCCAAAGAGAUCGUUGACAAGGAGGCUGCGAACCACAAAUCAGCGGCUGGAGAGGUCGAGAAAGAGCUUAAAUCUGCGACUGGUGAGGAGCAGCGUGCCGAGCUGGCCAAGAAUCUCGAGCAUCAUCUCGUCAAGUCUGAAUUUCACAACCCUGAGGUGCGCUUCAACUUCAUGGUGAAAGACUCGGUUGAUUUGAACGAACCCAUCUACAGAUAUUUAUCUCGCACAGAGUGGGCUGCCAAGGAGAUGCUUAUUCUUAUGCAGCGUCUUGAGCAGCACCAUGUGAUUCCCGACACCAUGCCUACGCUGGAUCCCCGGGCUCAGGUAGAUGUACAGUUUGUUACUCCGACUAUGUCGAGCUUUGAGCCAGGCAGCUUUUUGUCGAACGAGGUCUGCGAGCGUCGUCCUAGGAUUUCUAUCCAGGAGUUUGAGCCUAUUGCUAAGGAUAGCCUCUACUCUGUUGUUAUUGUCAACCCUGACGUGCCCGACUUGGAGAACGACAGCUUCAAGACGCUGUUGCACUACGCGGCUGUGAACAUUCGUAUUUCUAAUGAUGCCCCCGAGGUUGACUUUGCCCAGGCGACAGAGCUUGCUGAUUAUCUGCCGCCGCACCCCGAGAAAAAUGCCCCGGCCCAGCGAUUCUGCGUUUGGGUAUUCCGCCAGCCCGCGCGGGUGGAAGGAGCUGAGAUCUCCCGCGAGGGCUUUGACAUCCGUCAGUUUGCUGGUGCUAAUAACCUAGAAGCCGUUGGCGCCCACAUGUGGCGAGUCCGCUACGAUCUGACCACGGACUUUAUUCGCGCCAAAUACGGCUUGGGCCCUGGCAGUGUGUACUUCCGCGCCCGGACCGCAAAGCCCGAAGAGGCACUUUUACACGUGCGACACCGGCAAAAGUGGGAGAAGUUCGUCGAAACUCCUUCCAAGUAA